CACAGAAGCGACUGGAAGCUGCUCUCUCGUUCAUUCAUUUCUUCACCCGCUCAUCCGUUCAUCGCAGACGGUGUUCGGGUCUGCUCGCUGCUAAGAUGACGCGUUUGAAGCGCUGAAAGUGUCCCAACAUGUGAAGCUGUGUGUCGGGGAAGCAGCCGGGAGUCAGACAAUCAUCGGUGGCGCAGCGGACUGGUGGUUUAUCCAGCGACAGACCAUGUGGUGGGCUCGGCCCUUCCUGCCCGCUCUGGUGCUUCUCUCGGAGCUCUCUGUGGUGAGAGUCCAGACGGCGCCGUGCCAGACGUGUCGGAAGCUCACGGAAAGUUUCAUCAAGGGACUGGAGAGAACGGCCAAUAAGAACUUUGGUGGCGGUAACACCGCCUGGGAGGAGGAGAAGCUCGCCAAGUAUGCACGCAGUGAGACUCGGCUUCUUGAGAUUGUCGAAGCUGCUUGUGAGAAAGCAGAUUUUGAAUGUAACCGUCUGCUGGAGCAGAUCGAGGAUCAGGUGGAGACUUGGUGGUUUCACAGGCAGCAGGAGGCCCCGGACCUGUUCGAGUGGCUCUGCAUCGAGGAGCUGAGACUCUGCUGUCCGCCCGGGCGCUUCGGACCCGACUGCAAAGAAUGUCCGUCUGGAGCCGGAGGUGUGUGCGGAGGUCUGGGUCGCUGUGAGGGGGAGGGCACCCGCCUGGGAGACGGAGAGUGUGUGUGCGACCCAGGAUACUCGGGGAGUCUGUGCCAGAGCUGCGCUGACGGAUACUUCAGGGAGACGAGCUCCAACGACAGCGCGGGAGCCUGCGCAGCGUGCUACCACUCCUGUAAGAAAUGCUCGGGGCCGCAGGACUACAAAUGCCUGGACUGCAAACCCGGCUGGAUCCUCCAUGACAACAAGUGCGUGGAUAUCGACGAGUGCGGCACGGAGCUCGCUCGCUGCCCAUCGAACACCUACUGCCACAACACCGACGGGUCGUAUGAGUGCAGAGGCUGCGACCAGGCGUGCGUGGGCUGCAUGGGCAGUGGUCCUGCUCGCUGCAAGAAAUGCGCACGUGGCUACAGGCUGAAGGGAGCCAAGUGUCUGGACAUAGAUGAGUGCAGCGAGCGUGCGAUAGCGUGCCCGGGACUCAACGAGGCCUGCAUCAACGAAGAGGGCUCCUUCCACUGCGACUGUGCCGAUGGAUUCAUCAGAAGAGACAGCAUCUGUGUGGAGAAUAAGCCUCCCGUCGACCCAGACAAGGGCCUGUUUGACGACAUAUCGGACGACGAGGUCCUGGUCCUGCAGCAGAUGUUCUUCGGGGUCGUGAUCUGCGCCCUCGCUACACUGGCCGCCAAAGGCGACAUGGUCUUCACCGCCAUUUUCAUCGGAGGAGUGGCGGCCAUGGCGGGUUACUGGCUGACGGAGAAAGGAGACUACAUGCUGGACGGGUUUCUGAAGGGACGCUAGACCGUCAAGGUACCACCACUAAAGAGAGACCUCGAAGCACCAGCCGACUAAGGGGACUAACUCUCAACUGGAGGCAGGAAACUCGCUUUACAGUUGCUAGCCUUUCAGGGAUUAACUUGGAGAGUGACUUUAAAGGGCUUGGGUUCAUUACGCAGGAAAAAAGAAGGAAACUUGAAGGCGGUGAAGCCGUAAAUCCAAAAGAAUAUCAAAGCAACCGUGCACUGAUCUAAAGGGACUGAACUGAAUCCCCUACCUCAACUCUGUUGGGAACAAGGGUGACAUGAAGACCACUACUGAUUGUCAAAAUCGAUUAUGCAUUUGGAUGUCUCCUCUGGCCUCUAUGUUACUCAAGUAAAGAUGUCGAUUUCCUCCACACAGAGAGAACCUCCUAUCAUCACGCCCAUCCAUGUUUUCCAUCAUCUCGGUGUCUGAGGCAGAGGUCUGUUGGUAGUUUGAAUGCCGAAUGCGUUUUGACUGUGGAGGCUUCCUACAAUGCUUGAUGUUAGAGUUUUCUCCGCAGAGCUGAUCCUGAAUGACUGAUUAUUUAUGUUCACUGAAUGACUUUUUACCUCCUCCUUCCCGCUGAAUGAUUGUUUUCAGUAGUAAUGCAUGAUAAUAGGAUCUAUGAUGAAAGGUAAAUACACUGUACGUAUUAAUUUAUUGUUUUACUUUGGCAUGAAAGGGAAACUUUUAAUAUCUGCUGAGCUCUGACCUGGAAGAUGCAAAUGAUUUUCUGUUGCCUUAUUUAUGUUUACGAUAAUUAUGUUUGGUCUUUGCUUUUAUUCCACCCGACAUUCUAUCAUAUUUAUGUGAAGAUUUUAAAUCCUCGAAACUUAGAAUUCCAGCAGAUGUAGUAGCACCAUUGGAGAGCCAACCACGCCUCACUUUUUCUUUGACGAUUAAUUUAUUUUCCUGUGUGGAAUGAUGUUAAUCAUUAUGGAUAUUUACUUUACAAUAAAAAUGUCUGCCAC